UAGAAGAAGAAGCUAGCCAGCUGCAGCUAUGGCUAGCUGUUAGCUUGGGUUUGUUGUUGUUGAUAGCGGACCUCAGGUGUCCCUGCAGGUUCCUGUCAGUUCUCAUGAACAUCAAAAUUUAACACUCCCUGACCUCUUCAAGACCCAGAGGAUCAUAGUUUAAAUUCGGAAUGUGCUCCGUCGUCGGUUGUGAUUCGUUUCGCAGAAAUGCGAAGCGGUUUAAGUUACCAGAUGACCCGGAGGAGAGGCUGGAGUGGGUCCAGUUUGUUCUGGAAGUCAACGGACAGCGACUGAAAGAAUCCUCCUGGACUGAUAUCACCAUCUGUAGUGAACAUUUUACUACUGACUGCUUUGUAGACCAGAGUUUACAGCUGAGGUCCGGUUCUGUCCCAUCACUGUGUGUCAAGUCAGAGCCAGAGGAAGCUCAGGAGAACCUGCAGCGUGUGGAUUCUGUGGAAAACACAGAUGCUCCUGAUGAUCUUGAAACAUCCGAUAGUAAACCUUUCUGCCCUGAAAACACAGAUAGCAUCUCCCCUGGAUCCGGCCAGAUCCAACAAAAAGUUCUGAACAAAGAUUUAAACAAGGAAAGAGCUGCACUUCUACAGAUGAAAGGAAAAUACCUUGUGAAUGAAAGCUGCCUCCUCGAGUUGUUUGUCCGCAAAUGCCCGUCAUGUGGGAGUAAACUUCAGAUGGAGAAGGUCACCUAUGGCUUACUGAUCAUUUUGAACCAGCGGUGUUUUAAGUGUGACUACAGAAACCAGUGGAAAAGUCAGAUCAAUGCGGACGUCCCUACAGCUGAAGAUAGAAACCUGGCAGGAGGCAGCGAAGUAAAAUCAGAGGAGGUGUCAACAGAUGAAGACCCCAGCAGUGCAUUUUUGUCAGAGAUUAUCACUUUUAGUGACGAUGAAAGUGAUCCCUUGGAUGACGGAGAGGAAGAUGAUGAUGAUGAGGAAAGUUCAGAUGGGGAGUGGAACCCAACGGAGGAUUUUGCACUGGAGGAGGAGCUCAUGAAGGACUCAGAGGAUGAAACCGAAGAUGAAGGUGAAGACGAAAAUUUUGACUCCGUGAGUGGCCUCAAAAUGAAUGAGCUCUGUGCAGAGUGUGGAAGUUUUUUCAAUAUUCUGAAGCCUCACACCUGUGAGCACAAAAUAAAGCCCUAUUCCUGCAAUAUUUGUGGCAAGAGGUGCGUUACUGAGAUCGCUCUAAAUUCACACAGCAGAAUCCACGAUGAAAACUAUGAGCAUCGGUGCAAAUACUGCCAUGUUACAUUCAAAACCAAGGUGGACAAAGUGACCCAUGAGCAGACCCACCUAACUGAAGGAAAACCCUAUAAAUGUCCAGACUGUUCAGAGACAUUUGCCACAAAUAAGGAGCGUAGAAUCCAUCUGGUAGAGCACAGAGGCCCCAGGCAGUUAAAAUGUCACAUCUGUGGGAUUGAAUUCAACCGUCGUACUCCUCUCCGGAGACACUUGGCGGUUCACACGGGAGCAAAGCCGUAUAAAUGCUCGGUGUGCCAACGUGGUUUCAACCAGUCAAGCCACCUGAAAUCCCACAUGCGCCUGCACACAGGGGAGAGACCUUACAAGUGUCAGCACUGUGAUAAAUGCUUCAAUCACAACGUGAGCUUGAAGAGUCACAUCCAGCGUUACCACACAUCCAGCUCUGGACGUGGACAGAAGAAAUGCAAAAAAAAUAAAACUGUAAGCGACACUGAUGAUGCUCAGGAGAGUGGAAACAAAAGAGGCACAGACUAUGGAGUUGACAUCAUAGAGGAGGAACAGGAUCAAGAAGAGGAGGUGCAAAAGAAUAGAAUACACAAACCAAAAAAGAGGAGCACUGGCAGACCCAUUGGGCGGCCUAAGAGAAACACAGCAGACAACCUUUUUCAGGGAGGAGAAAUGCAAAGUUCAUCUACUAAGAUCGUUAAAGUAAAGGCGCGGAAGAGGACACACUGCAGUGAUGAAGAUAGUGAAGAAGAGCUGAUGGAAAGUGACAUAACCUUUGACUCAACGGAGGAUGAAGAGGAGUGGAGUAAGAAAGUCACCACACAGAAAUCAAAAGGAAGAUUAAAAAACUCUGACGGUGACUCAGGGAAGCGGCGGGGAAGACCAAGAAAGAAUCAGGCAGUGGAAGACUCUUGAAAAGACACAGCUCAGUGUUGGACUGUUUUCCAUGAUGUAUAAAAUAUUAAACAUGAGGAAAUGAGCAUUAACUCUUUAAACUGGGGUCAUUUCAGAUUCAAAGACACUGUUUCACCUGAUAACUGGCAGCAUUUUAAGUGUCUGUUUUCUUUGCAUUUAAAAUAUCCUGUUUUUUUCCUUUCAUUAUGAGGCCACAUAGUACAUAUAAGAAUAAUAUAUAUAUAGUAUAAGAGGAGUUACUGGCCAUAACAGAGCCACAUGUCUUAGUGCCAUCAGUCGACUUCCCUGGCAACAGUUUGUACAGUUAUCAGAAUGGUUUGAAUUAUGUUCUUUCAACUUUGAGGCAACAGAGCUGGAAAAUGCCUGUAUAGUUUGGUGACCAGGUAGCAGAAAGAGCAAUGGAGCACUUUGAGGAAACAGAGAUUUCCCCCUGUAUGUGUUUGUAAUAUUGUAAUGCAGUUUUUUAAUGUUUUAAAUGAAAUGUCAGAUAAAUAAACAGAAUUCAAUACAAGCCUA